GAGGCGCAUGCGCACCCCGCGUUAGUGAUGGAGGAGAGAAGAUGGCGGAAGCGGAAUUUAAGGAUCACAGUGCAACUAUGGAUAUCGAACCAAACUCUGGAACAUCUUCUGUGUCAACCACAGCCAGUAGCACCACCACCACCACCAUCACCACUUCCUCCUCUCGAAUGCAGCAACCGCAGAUCUCUGUCUACAGUGGUUCAGACCGACAUGCUGUUCAGGUAAUUCAACAGGCAUUGCAUCGCCCCCCCAGCUCGGCUGCUCAGUACCUCCAGCAGAUGUAUGCGGCUCAGCAACAGCACUUGAUGCUGCACACGGCCGCCCUUCAGCAGCAGCAUCUAAGCAGCUCCCAGCUCCAGAGCCUUGCUGCUGUUCAGGCAAGUUUGUCCAGUGGAAGACCACCUACAUCCCCCACAGGAAGUGUCACACAACAGUCAAGUAUGUCCCAGACAUCUAUCAACCUCUCUACUUCUCCUACACCUGCUCAGUUAAUGAAUCGUUCCCAGGCUUCCAGUUCUACCAGUGGCAGUAUUACCCAACAGACGAUGUUACUAGGGAGUACCUCCCCUACAUUAACAGCCAGCCAAGCUCAAAUGUAUCUCCGAGCUCAGAUGCUGAUUUUCACACCCGCUACCACUGUGGCUGCUGUGCAGUCUGACAUUCCUGUUGUCUCGUCGUCACCGUCACCUUCCUGUCAGUCUGCAGCUGCUCAGGUUCAGAAUUUAACAUUACGCAGCCAGAAGUUGGGUGUCUUAUCUAGCUCACAGAAUGGCCCACCAAAAAGCGCUGGUCAAACUCAGUCAUUGACAAUUUGCCAUAAUAAAACAACUGUGACCAGUUCUAAAAUCAGCCAACGAGACCCUUCUCCAGAGAGCAAGAAGGGAGGAAGCCCAAGUCUGGAAUCUCGAAGCACAGCGGUCACUCGGACAUCAAGCAUUCACCAGUUAAUAGCACCAGCGUCAUAUUCUCCAAUUCAGCCUCAUUCUCUAAUCAAACAUCAGCAGAUUCCUCUUCAUUCACCACCUCCUAAGGUUUCCCAUCAUCAGCUGAUUUUACAACAGCAACAACAGCAAAUUCAGCCAAUCACCCUUCAGAGUCCAACUCAAGAUCCGCCCCCAUCCCAGCACUGUAUUCCACUUCCCAACCAUGGCCUUUCUCCGGCUCCCAGUAAUGCCCAGUCACAGCAUUGCUCACCACUUCAGAGCCAUCCCCCUCCUUUAACUGUGUCUCCUAACCAGGCACAAUCUGCACAGCAGUCUGUAGUGGUGUCUCCUCCUCCACCUCAUUCCCCAAGUCAGUCUCCUACUAUAAUUAUCCAUCCACAAGCACUUAUCCAGUCACACCCUCUUGUGUCUUCAGCUCUUCAGACAGGGCCAAAUUUGCAGCAGGCUGCUGCUGAUCAUCAGGUCCAGCCCACAGCACAGCUGAAUCUUCCAUCCCAUCUUCCACUUCCAGCAUCCCCUGUUGUACACAUUGGCCCAGUCCAACAGUCUGCCUUGGUGUCCCCUGCUCAGCAGAUUGUGUCUCCAACAUCACACCAGCAGUACUCAACCCUGCAGUCCUCUCCAAUUCCAAUCGCAACCCCUCCACAGAUGUCGACAUCUCCUCCAGCUCAGAUCCCACCACUGCCCUUGCAGUCUAUGCAGUCUUUACAAGUGCAGCCUGAAAUUCUAUCCCAGGGCCAGGUUUUGGUGCAGAAUGCUUUGGUGUCAGAAGAAGAGCUACCUGCUGCAGAAGCUCUGGUCCAGUUGCCAUUUCAGACUCUUCCUCCUCCCCAGACUGUUGCGGUAAAUCUCCAAGUACAGCCGCCAGCACCUGUUGAUCCUCCAGUGGGAAUGCAUUUGAACCAGUGUCAUCUGCACAAAGUUUUUUCUCUUAAGGUUUAUCAAGUAGAAGAUGUAUGUGAGGAGGAAAUGCCAGAGGAGUCAGAUGAACGUGCCAGGAUGGACAGAACACCACCACCCCCAACUCUCUCUCCAGCCGCCGUGACCGUGGGACGAGGAGAGGAUUUGACCUCGGAGCAGCCUCUGUUAGAGCAAGUGGAGUUGCCUGCUGUGGCCUCAGUCAGUGCUUCUGUGAUCAAGUCUCCAUCAGACCCCGCUCAUGGCUCUGUUCCUCCACCGCCACUCUUGAUGCCAGCUGCUGCCACAAGGAGCACCAGCACGCCUGUGGCCAGCAGCACUCCCCACCUAGAAAACAAGCCUCCACAGGCUGUGGUAAAGCCACAGAUCUUGACCCACGUAAUUGAAGGUUUUGUGAUUCAGGAGGGGUUGGAGCCAUUUCCUGUGAGUCGUUCAUCUUUGCUGAUAGAACAACCUGUGAAAAAGAGGCCUCUUUUGGAUAAUCAGGUGGUAAAUUCUGUGUGUGUUCAGCCAGAGCUACAGAAUAACACAAAGCAUGCAGAUAACUCAUCUGACACAGAGAUGGAAGACAUGAUUGCUGAAGAGACAUUAGAAGAAAUGGAUAGUGAAUUGCUCAAGUGUGAAUUCUGUGGAAAAAUGGGAUAUCCUAAUGAAUUUUUACGGUCAAAACGAUUCUGUACUAUGUCAUGUGCCAAAAGGUACAACGUUAGCUGUUCUAAAAAAUUUGCACUUAGUCGUUGGAAUCGUAAGCCUGAUAAUCAAAGUCUUGGGCAUCGGGGCCGUCGUCCAAGUGGCCCUGAAGGGACAGCAAGAGAACAUAUCCUUAGGCAGCUUCCAAUUACUUAUCCAUCUGCAGAAGAAGACUUGGCUUCUCAUGAAGAUUCUGUGCCCUCUGCUAUGACAACUCGUCUGCGCAGGCAGAGUGAGCGGGAAAGAGAACGUGAGCUUCGAGAUGUGAGAAUUAGGAAAAUGCCUGAGAACAGUGACUUGCUCCCAGGUGCACAGACUGAGCCCUCUAUAUGGACGGUCGAUGAUGUCUGGGCCUUCAUCCAUUCUUUGCCUGGCUGCCAGGAUGUUGCAGAUGAGUUCAGGGCACAGGAGAUUGAUGGACAGGCCCUGCUCUUGCUAAAAGAAGACCAUCUUAUGAGUGCAAUGAACAUCAAGCUGGGCCCAGCCCUGAAGAUCUGUGCACGCAUCAACUCUCUGAAGGACUCUUAACAGGAAGGCGAGGCUUUGAUGUAAUAUCAUUUUAUUCCUCUUAGUAGGUAAAGGUAAAGCCUCAUCUGGCUGAGAAUCUUACACUGAUGGUGGAAGGCCAAGCACACUGGGACUGCCACUUCCAGUGCCGACAUUUCUCUUCAGAUACCAUAACUCAUCAUACAUUUUCAUAACUAGCCAACAUUGGUGAAGUUAAUUUUACCAGUUACAUACAACACUGAAAGACUUGUUACAGAGGCCCAUAUUUUUCAAAGAAAUAUGUUAUACUAGAUAAUUUUUUAAAGGUAAUGUUUAUCAUUAAUAUAAAAGAAUCCUUUUAAAAAUAAUUACUGAUUUACACUCCCUCUCCUUUGAUUCUGUUUUCUUGUACGUUUUUCUACCCUGUUAGUUUUCCAAAGGUUAUUAUAGAGAUAUAAGGUAAUUUCGGAGCCCAUUGACAGAAUUGAGUGCAAUGAAAUAUCAGUAUGUUUUAAAAACAUAUCUUCCAGACACAUGCUCUGGCUGCGAAGAAGGAUUGUGUUCUUGCAUAAGCAGUGUUUAUGGAGGUCACAGAGUCUGUAUUCUAGGCUUCACUCAGAUUGGCAUGACUGACAGUUUUCCUCUUGGUUUUGUACAUUAAGAGCAAUAGUUCUCAGUGGAGGUCUCUUUUUGUCCUCCAGGGGGCAUUUGGCAACAUCUAGACACAUUCUGGUUACCUUACCACAGCUUGUGGUUGAGUUUUGGAGAGGGUUGCUACAGGAGUUGAGGAGGUGGUAGUGUCUGCCAGAGGUGUUGCUGAAUAUCCUUCAGUGCAUGGGACUAUUACCAAGAAUGAUAUGUUAUGGAUGCCAGUUGUGCCAAGGUUGAGAAGCCCUGGUGAACAAAGAGUGCUGCAUGUUGUUGCUCUUGUUCACCUGCAGGGACACACUUAAAAGAUAGGGUAUGAUGCGGAGUACAUGUAUAGUGAAGUAUUAUUAAAAUGGCAUUGAUGUUGUGCUGUAGUAUUUUUUUUUACAGUUUUACUGUACACUAGAAAGGGGAAGAAAAAUCCAUGAAAUUGUCUAUAAGAUGAGGCUGCUUUACAGGACAUGUGACUGUGAUGUGGCACUAGCCCAUGGUCACCUUUUCCUGACUGUUGCUCUGCCCUGAUGGUAUAAGAUGCAUCAUGCCUAUGAGUCUCUUCCAGCAGGGAGAGUUGGCAGUGGAGCUGUGACCCCUUCCCAUGUGCUCUGGAAGCAACCCUGACGAGUCUGUUUAGAAUGCACAUUUCUUUCUCCCUUACUAAGUCCUUGGAUUCUUCCCACAAAUCAUUUAAAGUGAUUUCUCUGAAUCAGAAGUUCCCACUCAGCAGUUUUCUAGAGUUAGGACAUUGAGACAGAAUUUCCUGUGAGUGCUCUGAGAGCCUUAAAGUGCUGGGCAUCAGAAGAGCUGAUGACUUUGUUUGCUUUCUGCACCUUUACUACGUCCUUGAGAAAUCUGAGCGGAUAACGAAGCCUUGGCCACAGAUGUGAGAGACAGCAAGAGUCCGUCCGAGCUGCCUCAUUUUCUCGGCUCGUUUCAGAAACUGCUGAGCUAGCAGAAGACUAGAGGGUGUUACAAAGGUUAUCACAGAUGUUUAUCUUUUGGCUUUGUGUACAUUAGAAAAUGUUGGUUAUUUUUAUACAAAAAUAUAGUGGCUAAUUUUUUUAAUCUUUUAGAUGCUUCUUGUUUGAAUGUAUGCUUUGUGGGAUUGUCAGUGUAGUAGUUUAAGAGGUGUUCACUGGUAGUCCUGUGUAGACUCAGAAUGUGUAAGUAGUGUGAGACUCAUGUUUCAAACCUACAGUAGUAUAGUCUGUUACAUAUUUCUUUGUAUUACAUUUUCCUAUUAAUGUUUUGAGAAAGGCAGAUACUCUAUAGUCCAUCUCAUUUGUUAGUAAUGAGUCAUCAUGGCAGUUGUUGUAGACUUCCCCUCAUUCUCCUAAACAAGGCUAAGCAGCACUAAGAUUGCAUACUAUAUGAAGGAGGCAGGAAGGCAAAUUUCCUCUGGAAUUAAAACAGUAAUCCACAGUUAAAACAGAAUUGAUUGUCCAGUGUAGACCUCCAGCAAUAAUGCUUCCCUCCUACAAAUACUUAUAUAUAGCCUUUAAGGUAUUAACUCUACCCUUCUACUAGAAUCAGCCCAUUGUGCUUAUGAGAAACCCUUGGGCCUAGCACUCUCUUCAAGCAUCCCUAAGCAGCUUACAAGAGGAGUUUCUAUUGGAGAUGCCUUCUUGUCCUUGACUGUGUCCAGGUCUUCUGUUGUCUGCGCAACUUAAAUUCAACUAGAAAAUACACUUUUUUCCUACAAGUGGGUUGUUUGAUUUAUAAAUGGCUUGUUUGCUGUCAUUUGGUAGUUCUCCCAUUGCUGCAGGAAUAGUUCUAGAUAAUUUAAUUAUCCUAAUUUGAAAGCUUCAGUUACAUGUGAUGGGGGACACAUACCCUGUGUGAACGGCAUUAGGCUGUUCAGUAUGACAUAGAUAGAAAGAAUGCCAUUUUCAUUUCCUUUUGUAUUACUAAGUGCUUUAAGAACUUUCUUGGAAGGAAAAAAAAAAAACAACAACCAGAAAGGGAACAUGGGUUCUUCCUAUUUUUGCUACCUGAGUUUGCAUUUCCUUACUUUAAACCACUUUUCCACUAUGGGACAUACUUUUCACAUUUUAUUUAAGUCCUGUGUUCUUAGGAAAAUAAACAGCUGGCUUGUAAAAGUUACUUUAUCUGAGAAUACUUAGAAGCUUUGUGUAGACAUGUGUAAGGCACAGCUACACAGCAUCAUUAUAAAUCAGCAUAGCCUAGGAAUGUUGUCUCCAUACUUGAGAGCUUUGGUGGCCUGCAGCUAUGAUGUCUCGGAGUUCCUUCUGUGAAGUCUGGGUUUAAGCUGUCCCCUGGGAGGAGAGGUGCUGAAGAGAAAUGGCAUUGAACGAGCUAGAGAGUGGCUGACAGGCAAAUGGGACUCCCCACUGGUGUUCACUCCAUUAUUGCAACGUUGAACACAUUUCUGCACUUUUGAAGUUAAAGUUCAUGCUUUACUUAAAUAGAAGUGAUUUUCUGUGUUUUAGGAAUCCUGCUACUUUCCUCUUUUUGUUUUUUGUAUUGGAAGACUAGUAUGUGAGACCAUGUCUUUGAAUAAUUUUUAGUCAACCUUCAUAUAUUAAGUGCAAAAUUGUAGUCACUUAUCUGUUUACAAAUACAAAUCUUGAAUUGAAGUCUUUUAAGGGACACAAUUUCUCACAAAGUUUGUUUAGUUGUGUGCCUCAGAACUCAGAGCCAUGUUUUAAGGGGUUCAGUGCUAUCCUGGACCAGAGUAGUAGGGAGGAAAUAGAGUCAUGUAAUUUUAGGCUUUGAUUUCAUGUGUAUACGUGAUUCUAGAAAGAAUAAACUAUUACUGAUGCAUGUGAAUGAAGCUGAUCUUACAGCUAUGUCCAGUGUAUGAAAUCUGACUGGUAAUCCUGUUAAAGCAUUUCAAACAUGUUUUCAACCUGAGAGGCUGGCUAUAUGUUGCAGUUUGAAGACUUUCAUCCUUUGUGAAUGCCAGCAACACUUGCUGCCAACUGGUAUUGUUGGUGGCACGAAUGGCCUCACCGAAUUCACUAAACCCCUUCUACCUGGAACCUUGCCCCAAAUACACCACACAGGGCUGGCUUUCUUCCUAGUUCUUGGCUUGGGGUUGGGUAGUAUCCUGGCUUGGAAAUCUUCAGGAUUUUGUACAGGGCUAGACCUUUAUAACUUUCCAGGUUGUAUUUCAAGGAAAGCUUUAUCCACCUAUGCAAAUCAUUCCCUAUGUAUGUUUCUUGUGCACCAUACACCUAACUGUGAUUAGUUGUACCCUAAGGGUUUUUUUUUUUUUUUUUUUUUUUAAUGUUGUGGGGAGGGCAGAUAAGAAGAUGACACUGCCAACUAAAUGAGACAUUUAGCAUAAUGAUGGUCAGCAGCAGCUUGGAAUGACUAGUGGUAAUGGAUGGUUGAACUCCCAUUAUAGCAGUAUAAAGGUCUUAGGAUGUCUUGUUCUGUUUGCUGGACUAGGAUUGAAGUCAAGGCUUCAUACUCCACCUCUGAGCUUACAGACUGUUUUUGGCUUGUUUGCCUAGACUUACCUGGAAUUGUGAUCCUCUGGCCUUUUCUUAAGUGCUGGAAUGAAGGUCUGUGCCACCAUGCCAAACUUAGCUCCAGCGGUUUGAAUGUCAAGAUUUGCUUGUAGUCAAAUGAGUUCUUCUUCGUAUCACCUGACCCUGCUCUGAGGCUCUGAUGUUAAUAGUACCACUGGUACCUAAGUGAGUGAGCCUGGAUUUCUUAAGAGAACUAGUAAGAGGGAGAGAGUAUCUGUCAAAACUUAGAAGUUUGUUGUGAUUGAGUGGGCAAUUAUAGAGGAGUUUCCACAUCAGAUGCCACAGUUGGCUCAGUUUUGCAGCAGUCAUGAGGAGAGACACUGUAAGUGCCUGUUGUGUCUGUCUGAGGUUCGGGGUUGGCUUUUUCUCCUGACUGGGUCCCCCAAGCCUGCCUGUGUUCUUGGUAUAAAGCAGAAAGACUCAUGACAUGAACUGUUUAACUCACAAUUAUCAAUAUAAAUAACUAUGUUUUCUUAUUAAUACUUAAUUUUAACCUGUUGAACCAUACAUCUUAAGAAAUUCUCUGGGACGGUAUUUCUCAUGUAUUAGAAGAUUAUAAAAAUGCAUUACCCUAUAGUUUAUAGUUGAAAUAAAAGCUGUUCCUUCAAUGUAAAA